UGUUACUGUGGCCUGCCAUUCCCUUGUGGCGCACCACUGGCAACCCAAAAGGUUUAAGUUGAUUAAUGGAAUUAUGGAAUUCAUGAAGAGGACAUGGCUUGUGCUUCUUCUGCUUGGCGUAAAAAUGACAUUGGGCUUGGAGAGGCAGCAGUGUGAGGGCAGCCAGAAGUGUGACUUUGUCUGUGACUGCAGUGACUGCAGCGAUGAACAUCUCUGUGGCUACAGUGGUCCAGAAUUUGUGUGUGAUUUUGAACAGCCAGAUAUGUGUGGCUGGGCAGAAAGCUCUACUCAGAAGCUGUACACGUGGGAAAGGAGACAGAGAGGAGCCACACUGCCUGCAAGUGGGCCCUCCUGUGACUACACCACAGGCACUGAUUCAGGCUGGUUUAUGGGUGUGACGUCUGUAAACAGUGACAGCAAUCACACUGCCCUGCUAAUGUCUCCCAAGAUGCAGCAGUCGUCAGCUACCUGUCGUCUGAUCAUCCGCUACUUCAUAUGGGACUCUGGCCACACAGGCUUUGAGGGUGCCCCCCUCUGGGCAUCCAUUUUGGGGCAAGAUAACCAGCAGGCCGUGGUGUGGAGGCCAGAGAGCACCAGCAUCCGUGGGUGGAGGGAGGCCAGUGUGUUCCUGGGCCGCACUCCCACCCCCUUCUUCAUCCAGCUGCACUCAACUCGGAGCCAGGGUCGCCGUGGAGACGUGGCCGUGGAUCAGCUGGAAUUCCGAGACUGUACUUUGCCGAACUCAGGCUCAGUCCCGGGCUGUCCACUGGGUUGGUUUGAGUGCCGAAGGGGCGGCUGUGUGGAGGGGCAUCAGGUUUGUGACGGUACAGAUGACUGCGGCGAUGAGUCAGACGAGGAGACGUGCGGUGGCUACUGGUUCUGUAACUUUGAGAAAGAUCUAUGCGAGUGGGACUUGAGAACCCUAUCGCCUCUCAGGUGGUCAGUUUCAUCUCAGGCGGACAUCUCCCUCUCAGAUCCAUUGAGGGGCCCCGGACGAGAUCAUUCCAACAACACAGCUUCAGGUAAAUUCCUUUAUGUGACGAAGCCUGACAACUGGACCACACUAAUGGCAGACUGGUCAUCAUUUCACAGUCCUCUACUUGAACCAACCAAUAGCACACACCCCUGCAAGAUGGUGAUGUACACACAUCAGUUUGGCCCACGCAGUGGGGGUCUGUCCGUGCUGGUUGCCGGGGAGAAGAUCAACCCUGUGUGGGAGCGCGGUGGUUCACUGGGAGACCUGUGGGUCCGCGCCAAGGUGGACUUCGUUGUCAACAGCACCUUUCAGAUUUUGUUUGUUGGUGCGAUCCGAGACCGGGAGUAUGGGGGCAUUGGUGUAGACAGCAUCAUGCUGUCGCCUGGCUGCCGCAGGUCAAACGAUACUGCCCCAAAACCAGUAUUUCCAAAACCCCCGCCUAAUCCAUGCACAAGUAAACUCGAGCUGUUUUGUGACUUUCAACCAGACUGCCCAGGAAACGAGGAUGAAGCACAGUGUGGGGACUUCUCCUAUGCCCAGGGCAGCUCUGGUUGGACAGACACUAGCAUUGGCAGUCAGGGCUGGAUGCUGACCUCUGACACUGGAGCGAAGUACUUGUCAGUCGUGGCGGCCCCUGGUCAGCAGCUGAGUGAGGCCCAGACCCGUACUCCUCUUCUGGGUCCCUCUGGCCCUUCCUGCUCUCUCUCCUUCUCCUACCGUCUCACAGGCAAAAACCCGCGCAUUGGAGAUCUCUUUCUGAGUGUAGUGGACAGUGUGCUAGGCCCCCAGCCUAAGUUGUGGGAGUUUAGUGGGAGGACCUCGGAGAGUGCUGGAGACUGGCAGAACCACACAGUCUACAUUGGGGCUCGCAGCCAUCGCUUCCAGCUUGAGUUCUCAGCUCGUGCCAAACAGCUUAGCGACGACUCUCAGAUUGCAGUGAAAGAUGUCCUCUUUGUCAGCUGUCACGCUGACAGCAUCACCUCAACGGCUACAGGAGUUUCGUGUAACUUUGAGGAGGAUCUGUGUAGUUGGUACCAGGAUCAAACCGACAACUAUGACUGGGAACGUCUGACAGGGAUGGAUCACACCAUUUCUGUUGGGUCUAGUAUGGUGGUAGAGUUGUGGAGUCCAUCUCUGCGUGGCCUGUCUGGCCGGCUGCUCUCAUUCCCCCAGCCCACCACCACCAAAAGUUACUGCCUGUCCUUCUACUACAAGAUUUAUGGGCCACACACAGGUGGCCUGAAUGUGAAGCUGCUCCAUGCGGACGACGCUGAGGAAUUGCUCUGGGCUCGCUCAGGAGCUCAUGGUAAUAGAUGGCAUGAGGGCUUGUGCUCAGUAUCUUCUUCACUCAAUUCCUACCAACUGGUGUUUGAAGCACAGCGUUUGUCCUUUGAUGGCCUUGUGGCCAUAGAUGACAUUACAAUCGUGCCGGGCCUGUGCUCACUGCCCAGCCUGUGUUCGUUUGAGGGGCAGACGUGUGGCUACACGAGUACUAGCACUGGCUCUCCCCUCUGGGCACACCAGCGCGCCGGCGCCGGACCCAACGGACCCAAAACAGACCACACCAUGGAGACAGAAAAUGGUUUCUACAUGGUGGCCAACACCGGAGCGGACGCUCUUCCUCGGGCCAGUGUGAGCACCCUCACCUCCUCGGUCCGCACAGCCUCCUCAAACACUGAAUGUGUGCACUUUUGGUACCACACUGGAGGAGAAAAGCCUGGUUCUUUGAGUGUGUAUGUGAAGCCAAAGUCUGGGGACCGGAUAAAGAUUUUCACCAAUACCAUCAACCAGGGAGACAUGUGGCGCCAUGCCAACGCCAACAUCAGCAUCACUCAGCAGAAGGACUAUCAGUUGGAGUUUGAGGCUGAGGGUGCAGGGGGAGAGAGGACCCACAUCGCCAUUGAUGAUGUGAUCUUCUCGGCUCACAGCUGUCAUGCUAAGGGUACCGUUUGUGAUCUGGAGCGAGGGCUGUGUGGCUGGUCGAACACCCAGAACCCGUCUCAGGAUCAGCUAGACUGGGAAGUGACCAGUGCCUCUGGAGAAUCUCGCCUGCCCACUCCAUAUGAAGACCACACACUGAAGACUGAGAAAGGUAAUUUCCUGUUCCUGCCCAGUACUACUCGGACUCCUGCUUCCUCUAAGGCCUGGCUGCUAGGCCCACACCUGCCCCCUACCGACAUUUCCUGCCUGCGCUUCUGGCUCCAUCGACAGGGCAGCUCUGGCAAACUGCGGGUGCUGCGUCUGGCUCUGGGGCUGGAACAUGAGCUGUUUGUUGCCCCGGAGGGUGUGAGCUCUGACUGGAUUAGACAUGACCUCAACAUUACUUCUGCUGAGGAGUUCCAGAUUGUAUUUGAGGGCACCACUGGAACUGAGGGUGUGACGGCCCUGGAUGACAUUGAGUUCAAGGAGGGGGUGUCCUGCUCUGAUGUCAUCAAGCCACCCCCAACUGCCUCACCCCCAAGUGCUGCGGGAGGUAUCGCUGCGUCCAUCAUCGUGGGGCUGCUGCUGCUGGGGGCAUUUGCGGCCAUCAUGUACUUCUACCUGCGAGUGCGGGAGAGGAUCAAAGCCACCACUCAGUCCGAGAUUAGCGGCGGAAUCAGUAAUGAAGUUUAUGAGUCAGCGUCAGUGCAAGGCCAUGGACCUGCCUCUCCCAGCAGUUCACACGUAGAUGUGGUCGGUUUUGGGAAUAAAAUGUAUGCAGAGACCUCUGAGGAAACACCAUAGAGAAACUGUGGGUGGUUUUGAUGAGGUUUUGCUGCCACCUACUGGUCACCUGUGUGCCUGUGAUAUGAUUUUACCACUGAUAUGAUUUAACCACCAACCAUGUGGGACAGUCUGACCUAAUAGAUGAAUCUCAUGCGUUGUACUAUAUUAAUACCAACACACAUACAGUGGGCUGCUGCAGAUGAGUGUGGAUAACCUUUGUUGUGGAAUUAAUUCAGUAAUUAGACUAUCGAGUAACCAGACUGUACAUCAAAUUGCACUUAUGUUUUUAUUAAUGUUGUCUUUACUCUUGGUUCUACUUACAUGUUAUGUUGAAGGUAAAUAACGUCCAUCGUGUCAUUUUCAUAUAAAUCAUAAACUAUUUGGUGCAUGCAGCACAAUAACACUUCAACAGACCACUGUGACUGCAAUUCCUUUCAAUACAACUCUCAUCUGUAAUCGACGAUUGGCUCUGAGGUUUCAGACUCCAUCAGGCUGUGCAGGUUUCAAAACACUGAACAGGGGUUUCAACUAAAAGAUGAGAACAGUGUCAGGAUGGUGGGAUAACCUGCUUAGACUCCUGUCACAUGGGAAUGUAAACAGUGACAAUGUAAAUUUGUUCACACUCCUGAAAUUCAUUUGGAUUUUUUAAUUUGAAUUAUAAAAUAAAACACUCCUACCACCAGGGCUGGUUCUAGCCUACCACGUUUGGGUGGGCUGAUGUAUUUAGAUGUAUUUGAAAUACGUAUUUAAUUACUUUACAUAUUUUGUCAUUUGUAUUUUGCAGGUUUGGAAAAAAUCAA